CGGUCUUUUGUAGUAUUCGGAUUAUUAUAGUGAAAGAAAAAACAAAAAGAAUACGCCAGAAACUAGGAGCCUAAGCAAUCCAAUAGCAGUCAAUAAGCACUUGAAAGAAAAAAAGAAAAGAAUACGCUAGAUACCAGAAGCCUAAGCAAUCCAAAAUGAUUUUAGUCGCAACUAAAGACACUGUUUUAUUUUCUGCCAAACAGACAUAGAUACUGUGAUUGGUCCAUCAGCAUGUCGUAGAGAGAUAUUACGCUGACAGGAAUGGAACGAAGUAUUCAUGAAAUGUUAAAGGACGCACCUUCUCUUAAUGAAAGUGACGGUGCAGUUCACAGUGGUUCUCCUCCAGCUCUUACUGAAAAAAAUCGAUUAAGCGAAUGUCAGCCAAGACCAGCGACUAUGAGUUUAACUCUUGAGAGUCUAACAUCAAAAUCUUCACUGAAUAUGAAGGUCAAUCCAUUGAACGUCAUCAGUCUUCUACUCGCCACAUUUCAAUCACUAAAGAUAUCAGAUUCUCCUAUAAAUCAUAAGGAAAAUGAAUUAAAAGGACAUAUUGAAAGCAUUUUGUUACACGCAAUGAACGAGUUCAGUGAUGUUGAAAUGAUUUUUGAGGAGUCUUUAGAUUUUCAUGAACCGUAUAAAGAUAUGAAUGAAGAAAUACGUACAGAUAAGUGUACGGAAGACAGAGAAGAACCUGCAACGGGGAGCACGCCGCGCACAGGUGACACGUCAGGACCAAGUAGGGCUCGAGCCCAGGGAGGUAUCAUACCCCAUGGGAAAACAACUCCUGGAGACAACGACAUGAUAACUAGUACCCGGGAGGAACUGAUUGAAGAAAAUAAUAAGGUGUUAUUUAAAAAGCAAUCCAAAUACUCUACAGCCAAUAUUCUAAUUGCGGGCAUAGUAACGAAAGCAUUAAUAGACAUUGCCACAGAAUUCACCUGCAUUUCAGAGGAAUUUCGGAACGCAAACAAAGAGCGUUUCGUGAGGUAUGGAAGCUUACCAUUAGCAGAUGUGGCCGUUACGGGGCCUAUAGAAGAAUUGGAAACACAAAUAGACCUAUUAAGGGAGACCCAACGGAAAUACUGCAACAUUUUACGAUUAUCUCGAGCCCUAGCGUCUCAUUUUUGCCAUGUAGUUCAAACGCAGCAUGCUCUUGGGGAAGCAUUUUCCGAAUUAGCUCAGAAAUCACCUGAGUUGCAGGAAGAAUUUUUGUAUAAUUCUGAGACGCAAAGAAAUUUAACAAAAAAUGGUGACACGCUCUUGGGGGCCUUAAACUUCUUUGUUUCUUCUGUAAACACACUAUGUAACAAAACAAUUGAGGACACACUAUUAACAGUUAAACUAUAUGAAACAGCCAGAAUAGAGUACGAUGCAUAUAGAACGGAUCUCGAAGCAUUAUCACAGACAGGGAUAGUAGAUGGGAGCAAUAUAGCCAGAUUAGAAGAAGCGCAGGCUAAUUACGAGCAACAUAAACAACAUUUUGAAAAACUGCGUUCUGAUGUUGUCAUCAAAUUAAAAUUUUUAGAUGAAAACAGGAUCAAAGUGAUGCAUAAGCAAUUGCUUUUAUUCCACAAUGCAGUGUCGGCUUACUUUUCGGGCAACCAGUCGGCGUUGGAAGCAACUUUAAAACAGUUCAAUAUAAAAGUGAAGUCACCAAAUUCAGCUUUGCAAUCUUGGCUCGAACAAUAGUCUUUAAAGUAAAGAGUAUAUCAAAAAAUAUACAAUCUUUGAGUGAAAAGAUUUUGUUAAUCGAAUUAUGGAUACACGCAGCUAGUAUUUCAACAUAGUCUAUUGUCACACAAAGAAAUGCUUUUCUUUCUUAAGCACUUGAACAGUUAUAAAGAAGGCCAUUGAAGGACUAAAAUAAGUUAACUAAUUAGUUCUAAGAUAGCAGUAGUCCUUAUUACUUUGGCAGUUCUCGAUCCAAUUUGUGUAUAAUACCUGGAAAUUACCAAAAGUAUGAACCAUUAGUAAGCUUAAAAAUGUGUAGAAGUAUUGUCCACUCGAGACAAUCCAUCAAUAAAAAAGGGACCAAAACGUAAAACGAAAUAUAUACAUGUAUCCAUUUUGACGUGGCCGACAAAUUUUUCUCAUAAAACUUUUUUGUUUCGCGAUUUUAACACAAGACAAACAAAAAAAUAUGAAAUUUUCCCAUCGAAAAUCGAUGUUUUAUAAACCCCAACUCGCGAUCACUCGGCCAUUUUUUUUAAAUUACAAAUGCUUUAAAUUUAUAUAGUGCAUUCCCCAUACAUACGCUAUGACUAGAAGCGACGGGUUGUGUUUAAAAAAUUAUGUUUGUGGUCGUUCAAUCACUGGGAUGUGCUGGAUUGUGUUGACUUUUAUGAAAAAAAUUUGUCGGCCGCGUCAAGAUGAAUUCAAAGGUAUAUUUUGUUUUACGUCUUGUAAGCUUUUUUGUUACCGAUCGGUAUUCCCGAGUUAACAAUACUUCUACGUGUCUUUGAGUGCUUCACGACUUAUUAAAUCAAUUACCUUAAUUCGGAUUACAAACAAAUAUUGACUUAUUAGUUAUUAGGCUAAGAAGGCAUGAUAACGCAACAUAAGCCCAAUCCAGAACACGCCAGGUGCUGGAAGCAUAAUAUCUGCAGCGAAAAACAUUGCUGAAACGCUGCACGAAACGCGUUUUUCUAAGAAUCCAGCAGUCGAUUCGCUCAGAUACUGACCAUGUUUUAAGUAAUUUCAAAAAUAAGGUAAGCUAUUAUUAUUUGUUAAAGGCCUAUUAACAUUGUCUACGCACGAAUUUUUAAAUCGUUCAAUGUUGGUUAUUUUUUUCGGCGAAUCAAAGAAUUGACGCGGGGGGCUGAGCACGCACUUUCACGCAUGAGCUAAAUGCGCACCUCGCGUGGGUGCUGUGAGAUUUUUCGUUAAUGCGUGGUGGGCUGAAAAUUGCCUUUUGUUCCCUAUGGUCGAAAAAAGUUAAAGAAGUGCGCUUUUGGGCGAAAAAAAGCUGGGAUCAUAAUGAAAAGUUUGUAUCUAUAAAAAAAUAAAAUAAACAUUGUACCUUGGAUGACAAA